UUGUCUUAUGCUUACUGAACAAUAGUAAGAGUCCAAUUCAAUUAAACGCUGUAUUCAUACUAACAAAAAGAGCUAUGAGCAUACAACAAAGGAAUAGCCUGAACUUAUAAAACACGCCAUUUAUUACUGGACAUAAAGGUAAUAUGCAGACUAGAGGGAAAAAACUGUGUGUAACAUCUCACAAUAUAAAGUGCAGACAAUUGUAAUAGUAUUGUACAACACAUCCUAUUGUAACAUUUAGCAACACAAAGAGUUCAAAGAAAACAUUGACAAUGGAAUUGACAUCUUCUUAUCGUGGGCUACACCUAAAUAUUUCCUAUGGCAGUAAAGUGAAAAUGUAAUUGUGAUAGCAUUUUAUUAUUAUGAUAUGUCAGUAACAAAAGUGUCUCUUGUCCAGUGAUCUUAUGUUCUGGUGAGCUUAAGUAUAAUAUGUUUUAUUUUAGGGCAAUUCCCAAAUAGGAACCAACGGCAACUACUUCCAGACAGGUAGAACCAAGCAAGUACCAGCUACUAAUUUUGAUACAUAAACCAUACCUAGUAACAGAAUAUGAUGCUUAAUCCUCAGUUCAUUAUAAUGAUAAUGAACAAUAAUACUAUUUCAUUAUAAUGAUUAGAGCAAUUAAUAUUCUCUACUUUUCUUAGCAGCUCGAAGGACAAAUAACAAUGAACAGAACAUGGGUGAACAACUUCAUCAUUAAAGGCAUAACUGAUAUCCCUGAACUGCAGGCUCCCAUUUUCAUGCUGGUUCUAGCAAUUUAUUUUAUAAUUAUUACUGGCAACUCUAUCAUUUUCUAUUUAAUCUGUGUGGACCCCAGGCUGCACAAUCCUAUGUAUUUCUUCCUAAGCAAUUUAUCAGUAUUAGAUAUGUGCUACACCACAGUCACCAUGCACGAAGUCUUGGUAUCCUAUGUAUCAGGAAGAAAGAGUGUUUCUUUUUCAGGUUGUAUUGCUCAGAUGUAUUUUUGUGUUUCAUUCCUAUGCUGUGAGUUUUUGCUGCUGACAGCCAUGAGUUAUGAUCGUUUCUUAGCCAUCUGCAAUCCAUUGCAUUAUUUAAUUAUCAUGAGCAACAAAAUGUGUGUUAAAUUAAUGUCUGCAUGUUGGAUUUUGGGAUUUUUAAUAGUCGUACCUGUGAUUUCUCUUAUAUUUGAAAUUUCCUGUUUUCAGUCAAAUGAAAUCAAUCACUUUUUUUGUGAUCUGUUGGCCCUAAUGAAGCUAUUGUGCAGUAGUGCAUUCACUAUGGAACAUUUACUCUACAUUCAAUCGAUUUUCAUUGGAUUUGUUCCACUUUCUCUUACAGUAUUAUCAUAUGUCAGUAUUAUCAGAACUAUAUUCAAAGUUCAAUCAAGUGGAGGAAGACUUAAAGCCUUUUAUACAUGUUCCUCACACCUUACAGUUGUCUUUAUUCUUUAUGUGACCAUUUUUUGUUUGUAUAUGAGGCCAGCACCAACUUUCAACCUAGACUCUGACAAAUUCAUUUCACUGUUGUAUACAACUUUAACACCCAUGCUAAAUCCUAUUAUAUAUAGCUUAAAGAAUAAAGAUGUGAAAGCAGCAUUCAAAAAAUGUGUACAAAAAAGAGUGCAAUUCAGGAAAUCUGUCGUCUUUGUGGCAAGAUAAUUUGUUUUGCUAAAUGUAUAAACAUGAUAACUAUGCCUAUGUAUUCUUCAGUAAGUGAAUGCACACACACACACAUUUGGAAGUAUAUAAAAACAAUUAAAACAUUUUGCUUUUUGCAACAAGCCUGACUGCUACAAAA